GUUAGGGAAAGCUGUCAUGGAGAGGAUACUGGAUGAGUUGUUACAGAAAGGGAUUACCAACAUUGCGCUCUAUUCCGAGCCUCGAGUUCUUGGGUUUUAUAGGCCGUUGGGGUUCAUCUCCGAUCCUGAUGGGAUUAGAGCCUUCGUUUCAACAGAAAUCGAAGAGUGAACCACAUCCCCUUACUUUAGCGUACAUCAUUCAGUGUGGAUUCUAGCUCCAGCCACCUCUCAAUUUCUGCAGCAGCAUUCUUGGCUUCAAAUAAACAGAUUCGAAAACCUGGCUGAAAAGUGAAAACAAGCCAAAGAAAUGGCAGCAUACACAGUGAAGUCAGAUAAGUUUUUCGUUGGAUCUUACGACAUAGAUGAAGGAAUCCAAGUGUAUGAGUUGGAUGGUCUGUACACGUCACCGGUGAAAAGUAAGCAUUGGAAUCAUCUUGAUCUCAAUAUAAGGCUCGGGAACAAGUAUGAAGCUUUGAAGAUUGGGGAAAAAGAGAUCUGGGGUGAUCAUUUGCAGAUACUAACGAAAGAACUUUACAACUCCGGGCUAAUGGUUAAUCGUGAAGGACUUACUUUCCUACCAACCAGCGCAAGAGCAGCUCUUGAAAUGGAAUUGGAGUAUUACCGGAUGUUUGAUCUCUAUGAUUGGUCCAAGUAUGGGGUGAAAACAGUGCUGAAUACUAAAUGGGCUAGAAGGGACAUUGUCGAAGGCCGUGAAUUGGAUAUAGUAGAAUCAAUGUCGGGGAUUGGGAAUGGCGAUGAUGGUGAGUACAAGGUAGAAUUGAGGGAGAAAGAGAAGGAAUGGGAGGAGGAGAAGGGAAACUAUGAAGCACGGGUGGGAGAGGUGGAGUAUGAAAAAGAGGUGGGCUUGAGGAAGAAGGAAAUGGAGAUAGAUACAUUAAAAGAGGAGUUGAAGGUGAAAGAAGAGGUGAUAGAGAAAAUGAAGAGGGGGGAUCAGGAUGAGUUGGAAGAGACAGAGUUUGGAAAACAAGAAGACUUGGAAAAGAAGGAAGAUGAGAUGGUUCAAUUGAAGAGUACGAAGGAAUUGGAGGAGGAGCUGAAAUUAUAUUCAUUUAGGAGGAGUGAUUUAAGCAGUACUUGGGACUUUUAUUCAAGAAUGGCAGAGAAAAUGUGGACAGACAUACCUCCAGUGAUAAUAACCGUAAACUUGGAUUAUGAGCGUAGUAACUGGCCACCUUCAGGGUCUCCUGACAUAGUUAUACCUUUAAGUUCAGUUGAGCCGGCUGAAUCCUCAUCACUUCCACAAGUAACACUUAUGUGCUCAUCAAGCGAUCAUGAAUACCUGUAUUUUGAGACCAAAAAUUGGCGAGUUAUGACAGUCGCAGUCCCCACAUUAAGUGAAACAGAACUAGAUUACAGACCUACAAGAUGGACUAUGGCGUAUUAUGAAGGUGGUAGUGACUUUAGCUAUCUAGCAAGUUCCUAUGAUCAAAGGGUUAGCUUUCCUUCUCCGUGUCUUCCUGAACACAUUAAGUACUUUGGUCCCUUAGACAUAAAACAUAUAGUGGGUGUAGGCACGAGGUUGGUUUACUUCUACACUGCCUUUGACUUGCCUGGUAAUGGUUUGUGAAAUCUACAAAUCCAUGGACAGCAGCUCAAUUCGCUACAACACCAUAGUGUAUCUAGUUGGUCAAGUUUAAGGGGGUGGUACUCAAAACAUGGGCACGAAUCCUAUCUACACCAGUCCACUGCUGUUUUUUAUUUGUUGGCAAUUUAAAGCCCCACUUUUUAUUACUUUUGUUAUUUUAGCAGUGAUGAACUGAUGAUGCUUGUGUAUUCGAGCUUGAAUUUCAAUACAAUGCCAAGCUAAUAUUUCCUUU